AUGACGGUAAACCAAUCGACUACGAGCUGGGAAGGAUUUCACGAGACACCUUGGCUUUCCAGAGCGGAAAAGGGUCUCGUCGUGAGCGCUAUACUUGUGUUCGCCAUGGUAACGGUAGCUGGCAACCUGUUGACUAUCCUCGCAUUCCGACGAGACAAAAAACUACGCAGCAACAUCAGUAACUGGUACCUAGUAAAUCUCGCCUGUGCCGACAUUUUAGUCGGGUCAGUCACCCUGUCGCUCGAUGCUGUCACAUUCGCACAGGAACCACCUAUGUGGCUGUUCGGAGAGAUAAUUUGUAAAGUAUAUCUCGUCAUCGACUUUGUUUCUACCUGGCAAUCCAUCGUUGCUAUUAUUUUGAUUAGCCUUGAUCGAUACCGUCUUGUCACCAGGGAGCUAAAGUACAAAAUGUAUCACACACGUAAACAUGCUGUUGUACUGUGCGCAUCGAGUUGGGUGAUCAUUUCCAUGGUAACUAUAUUGCUUGUGUUCGGAUUUCCAUACUUAGUAGAUCGUCAAGUAUUCUACCAACACUCGUGUGACGCAGAAUUUCUGUUCCAUAGUUCAUCUGCAAUCGUCUACACCAUACUGACUUGUUUUAUUCCCUUACCAAUUCUGAUAUAUCUCAACCUGAGCGUAUACAUCAACGUGCGCAGACGGGCAAUGCGCAGAUCAGGUCCCCUUGGAUGUGUUGCUAAGCAGCGAGCUGGUUUUGUCAAUGAUGAGAAAGCUCGGGGAGGUCAAACGCCAUCCAAAACCGAGGAAGGUUUAGCCUCUACACCCACCCACAUUCGGCAAGUCACCGUACCUACAACAUCUAGAAGUGGUAGUGUGGCAAGCAUAGAUCACCUCUCCACCAAGAGAAAUGACAAGCGACAUUAUAAGGCAGCUAAAACUUUAGCCAUACUAGUGAGUGCAUAUUUCAUUUGUUGGACACCAUACAAUGUCGCACUGAUAUUGUCUAUAAUCGGGAGUGACUAA